AUAUAUAUUUCUUAGUUUUUCUUUCAGUCACAUAAUAUGACCUGGUCGGCAUGCAACAAAUAUUUCGUCAGUUGCCUCGUUAUCGCUUUCGCCCAUACGAAUUUGAACACUAGUCACUUUGCUGCGUUUCGUCUUUUCGUUUUGUUUAUUGUGAAAGUGCCAUUAUAGUUAUUGAUUAAAUAGCAAUGGAUACACGACGCACUUUAUUUAUUUUCACAGUACCAGAUUUUAAAGUUUCAAUCGUUUUUGCGAAAACAUUGUUUAUUGUGUUGCUGAUGGUAUCGCAAGUGGAAUUAUCAUUUCGUUGUUUUUCCGAUGUAUCUAUCCGAAAGCCGAUAAUUGGAGAAGUUGGCAUUGGUCUUCAGGUAACAAAACGGGCUUCUCAUCAAGUGAUGUCUCGCAUUUUCUCAAUUUUCCUAGUGGAAAUUUUAAACUAUAGAGAUGUGAAGAUCAUUCCAAUAGAGUACAAAAAUGCAUCUGACCCACAGAACGCUUGGUAUACUUUAGACUUUGUAAGACGGCACAAUAGAUUUCCUAACAUUAGCAUGAUCAAUUUGGAAGUUUGGAUGCCAUACUCUGCUUACAAGCUACCACCAGAAAACAUCUCAGAUGCGGGUGCAUCGUUAACACCUGGACGCUUUGGUUGGUUUGUACCAACAGCACAGAUUGCCUUAGGACCAAAAUCUGUAUUUAGCCUGCAUUAUGAGGUUUUCAGGAACAUAAGCAAUAUAUAUUAUAACCUUUAUGUUAUUGAAGACAGCAUAAUUAAUGAUAUAUUUAAGGACGAGAGUGUUGAAAAAUUUGAGAGCACAAAAUGUGUAAAGCAACGAUGUGUAACAAUAAUCGGAGAAUUUCGACAAGAAUCAAUGUUUGUUGAAAAUUAUUUGAUUGAGUCUGGUAGCUUCGUCAAUGUUUUAUGGAUGGGACACAAAUUUCGAGAAACUGUAUCAAAACUAAACCAAUUGUAUAAAACUAUGUACUCAGAUGGAUCGAAAAGGUUUAUUAUAUUACAUUGGACCCCAUCAGAUAUAAUUGAUGCUGGCAUUAAGUACAUGCAAAUAACAUUGCCAAGAUGUGAAGAUUUCGUAUCUUUAGAACGUUUUAAUUGCAAAUAUGAGCUCACAUCUAUUCUUAAAUAUCAUGUAAGCAGUUUACAAAAUGAUAAGCGUCUGAUCUAUGCACUACGGAAUUUUUUUAUAAGUGAUGAGGACCUGCUUAAUAUCAUGAGUGAUUUAAAUACCCAGAGAGAGAAGUUUUCAACCGUAGAGGAUGCCUAUGAUCGCGUCGCUUGUAACUGGUUACGUGGUAAUAACCAAACCUACAGCAACUGGAUUAAUAAAGACCCAAUAACACUCUGGAUCGGUGGCAUAUUUCCUUUUAAUACGUCAAAUGAAGCAUAUAAAAAUAUUAAUAGAGCAGUGUCCAAUGCUGUUUCUGCUAUUAAUAAGAACAGGAAUGUGCUUUCAGGCUACAAUUUGAAAGUUAUGGAGAACAAUGAGCAGUGCAUGUCGGAUGUGGUUAUGAAGGCGUUCAUUCACUAUUUUAAUUUGCCUAAUAUGCUUGGUGUGUUAGGACCUGCUUGCAGUGAAACUGUUGAGCCUAUAGCUGGUAUUUCAAAACAUAUGAAUAUGAUGGUCUUAUCAUACUCAGCAGAAGGCGCUUCAUUUGUAGACCGGGCUAAUUAUCCAUAUUUCUUUCGUACUAUUGGGUCCAAUAUGCAUUAUGUAAAUGCUUAUUUAUCCAUUAUGAAAAAACUAAUGUGGCAGCGUGUAGCAGCCAUAACUGAAGGGGAUCAGAAAUAUUCCGAGUAUAUAUCCCACAUGGAGAAAAAAUUGAAAAUAGAAAAGUUAAAGUUAAUAAUUCAUCGGAAACUUCGCAUUGAUGUGACACCCAUGGAUGUGAAAGAGUACUUACUCGAAAUAAAGGAGUCACACGUUAAAAUCAUCAUAGCAGAUAUUCAUAGAAAGACGGCAGCAAUUACAUUUUGUGAAGCUAAGAAAUUGGGAAUGAUCCAGAAAGAUGAAUAUGUGUGGUUUUUACCUUCAUGGCUUUCAAAGGACCCUUAUAUGUGGCAGGUUUUAGUGAAUAAUAGUUGUACGUCUGAUGAAUUCAUAGAGGCACUUGACGGUCAUUUUAGUAUAAUGCACACUCCGUUUGGAAAUCCCGAAGCAAUCAUGCAGGAGGGAAAAACUAUAAGAGAUUGGCUUGAAUUAUAUAACAUUACGCAUGUGGCUUCCUCGAAUUACAUUGGCUUUGCCUAUGACGCCGUAUGGACUUAUGCAUUUGCCGCACAAAAGCUAUUAGAAUGGGAUAAGGAUGCGUUUUUCCGAUUGAGAUCCACUGAUGUGGUAAAAAAAUUGGCGGACCUAAUAUGGGAGACUGAUUUUUAUGGAGUAUCGGGUAAAGUAAAAUUUGGCCGAGGUGGGUCAAGGAUAAACAUUGGCAUAGACAUUUUACAGUGGAGAAACAUGGACUAUAAUAUUGUUGGAAAGUUUUCCCUGACGGGAGAGGGCUAUGGUGAAAACAUUAGUAAAAACGUGAGGAGUGGACAGUUAUUAUUUAACUUAUCUAAAGUUCAUUGGUUGAAAGAUCGAGUACCACAGGACGGUAGAUACGAUUGUAGAUUUUCAUUCUUAGCUCAAACAUUAAAAACUGAUUGUGAUACUACUACAAUGCUAUUCUCCAUAAUCAUGUGCAUGAUUUCUGUAAUAUUCAUAUCGGUAAUAUCUUUUAUAUUUUUGAAACAACGCUAUGACCGAAAAUUGAAGCGAUCAGCUAAGAUUAUGAAAACUUUUGGAAUAGAUCUUUCGGCACCAUCCCAAUAUAACAGCAAUAGCCUGGACAAGUGGGAAAUACCGAAAGAUAAUGUUGUAGUUAAUAGAAGGUUAGGAGAAGGUGCAUUUGGUACGGUAUAUGGUGGUGAGGCUCGGCUUGGUUCUGGAAACUGGACUGCAGUUGCCGUAAAAACACUGAAAGCUGGUGCAUCCACCGAAGACCGUGUUGAUUUUUUAUCCGAAGCUGAGGCAAUGAAACGGUUUAAUCAUAAAAACAUAAUACAAUUGUUAGCUGUGUGUCUUCAAAGCGAGCCAAUUUAUUCUAUAAUGGAGUUCAUGCUGUACGGAGACUUGAAAACGUUCCUAUUAGCACGACGGAAUAUGGUUAAUGACAAGGUUUCCGAUGAUUCCGACAUUUCAUCAAGGCGCCUUACCAUGUAUGCAUUGGAUGUUGCACGUGGAUUGGCUUAUCUGGCGGACCAGAAAUACGUGCAUAGAGAUCUUGCAUGCCGAAAUUGCCUUGUAAAUGCGCAACGGGUAGUUAAAAUAGGCGACUUUGGUAUGGCUCGUCCUACCUUUGAAACAGACUAUUAUCGCUUCAACCGAAAAGGAAUGUUACCUGUACGUUGGAUGGCACCCGAAGCACUGGCGCUGGGACGCUUUACGCCCGCUUCUGAUAUAUGGUCAUUUGGAGUUGUGCUAUUUGAGAUAAUUUCCUUUGGUUCAUAUCCCUACCAAGGGCUUACUAACAGCCAAGUACUCGAAUUUGUCAAAAAAGGAAACACAUUAGAAAUACCAAUAGGUAUCAAGCCACCAUUAGUGGGACUUAUAAAUGCUUGUUGGAGUCAAGAAGCUUCUAAGCGCCCGACAGCUUUAGAGGUAAUUGACUUCAUUUUAAACUAUCCAAGACUGCUGACACCCUCAUUGGACUUCCCUGGUGCUGCCGUCGAAUUUCCGGAGAAAGAUGUCGAUCAGUUACAGCUACUGCCACAACUACAAAUAAAUUCACCCCUCAAUUCUGCCACUACACUCGGGAUACAAAAGCAUACGCUUUUUUGCGACCAACACUCAUCGGAGCUAAGCACCAAGAGUGAAUCCUGUCCCACCGCCUCACAUCAAAGCAGCCCAUGUACAUGUUCACCCAUUGCCCCAGAUGGAUAUAGUAUUAUGUGCCCUCUUCUAAUCAAUCAGACCUGCGACAGCUCUGGGUCGUAAGCUUAUUUAAACAAAGCCCAAUUAUAACAUAUUUUCAAAAAAAUAUUAUUUGCCUUAUCAGUGUAUGUCAUUAAUCCAUAUUUGCUUAAAAUUGAGAUCUCCGUUUUCAAUAAAUGAUUAAAAAAUA